UAUAACUGCCAAUCUCCAGACAGCAAGCCCAACACAUACCCAACAGGGAACAGCAGAGAAGAGAGAGAGAGAGAGAGAGAGAGAGAGAGAGAGAGAGAGAGACUGUUCUUUCAUUUCCUCUCUUUCCAUUUGAGCCUUCCUUUUGAUAUUCCAGUUUCAAGAAUUAUUCAUCCACCAUGACUGUUGAGCCUGUAGCUACCCAGAUGGCCAAUGAUGUUGCUGCAGCCCCUCCUCAGGAAGAGGCCAAGAAGGUGGCGGAAGAGACCAAGGAGGUCGUGAUCGAUCAAGGCGGCGAGGCGGAGGCGCCGGACGAGGCGGUCAAGGCCGUCGAGAAGAGCGCUUCGUACAGGGAGGAGAGCAAUUUCCUCUCCGAUCUCAAGGAGUUCGAGAGGAAGGCCCUGAACGAGCUCCGGUCCAAGCUCGAGGACGCCAUCCUCGGGGACGCUCUCUUCGAGAAGCCCGAGGAGAAGAAGAAGGCCAAGAAGGAGGAGGAAGCGGCGCCCUGCGACGAGAGCGCCGCCGAGAAGGAAAAGCCCGAGGAGGCCGAGAAGGUGGAGGAGGGCGGCGGCGACGCCGAGGAGGCGAAGGAGGAGGAGGAGAAGAAGGAGGAGGAGAAGAAGGAAGAGGAGGAGGGACAAUGCGUGGAAGUGGACAGGGAGAUCGCUCUAUGGGGAGUCCCGCUGCUUCCGAGCAAAGGUGCAGAGGAGACCAACGUGGUCCUGCUGAAGUUCUUGAGGGCCAGAGAGUUCAAGGUGAACGAGGCCUUCGAGAUGCUCAAGAAGACCCUCCGGUGGAGGAAGGAGUCCGGCGUGGACUCGGCCCUCGGCGAGGCCGUCGACUCCGAAUUGAGCGCGGCCGCGUACUGGGACGGCACCGACCGCGAGGGCCACCCCGUGUGCUACAACGUCUACGGCGUGUUCAGGGACGCGGGGCUGUACCGGAAGGCGCUCGGCACCGAGGAGAACCGCGAACGUUUCCUGAGGUGGAGGGUGCAGCUGAUGGAGCAGGGCAUCAAGAAGCUCGACCUGAAGCCCGGCGGCGUCUCGUCGCUGCUCCAGAUCAACGAUCUGAAGAACUCGCCGGGGCCGGCGAAGAAGGAGCUCCGGGUCACGACCCAGCGCGCCAUCCACCUCUUCCAGGACAAUUAUCCAGAGCUGGUGGCGAGGAAUAUUUUCAUCAAUGCUCCUUUCUGGUACUAUGCACUCAAUGCCCUCAUCUCCCCGUUCCUUACCCAAAGAACCAAGAGCAAAUUCCUCGUCGCUCGCCCCGGCAAGGUCACCAAAACCUUGCUCAAGUACAUCCCAGCUGAGGAGAUACCGGUUCAGUACGGCGGGUUCAAGAGGGAGAAGGAUUUCGAGUUCUCGAGUGAGGAUGGUUCUGUGUCUGAGCUCACCGUUAAGGCCGGAUCGACCGAAACCAUCGAGCUACCGAUCGAAGGGACCGGAAACACAUUGCUGUGGGACAUCACGGUGCUGGGCUGGGAGGUGAACUACAAGGAAGAGUUCGUGCCGAUUGACGAGGGGUCGUACACGAUCAUUGUCCAGAAGGGAAAGAAGAUGGCGCCGAGCGAGGAGCCGAUCCGCAACACCUUCAGGAACAACGAGCUCGGGAAGAUUGUCCUCACGAUCGAGAACGUCUCCGCCAAGCAGAAGCAGGUCCUGUACCGGUACAAGACCAAGAAGUGCUCCAGCUUUUGAGGAUGGAAAGACUAUAGGUGGAGAUUGUCACAUGUUUUGGCUUCAGUGAGAAUUUGUUAUGUACUUAAUUCUUUUUGGUUUGGAAUUUGAGGGGAGUGAUUCUUACAGUGAGAUUAGAGAACAAAAAGGGUGGUCCUCUAAGCUUUUUUGAUUUUCUUUGCUCUUUUAGAGUUGCCAGAUUCGAGUUUGCAAAAUUAUUGGCGGGUGUGUAUAGCUAUUGAAGUUUCCAUUCUUUUUUGCUAGACAAUAACUGUGAUUUGCAUUUUCUUGAAGAUGAAGAUCACUUAUUUGGAUAGA